ACAGUAUGGCACAUUUUGGACUCUGAACUCAGUCGGCUGGUACAGUCGGCUUGCACGCUUCAAUUUCUUCUUUCAUGCACUUCAUACAACCUAAGGUACAAUGAACUCUGUUUUGCAUAAGAGACAAUCCUCCAUUGUUGGACUAUUUCUCUCUUUGUCUGUCUUCAUCCUGAGCUGUGAGAGCGGCAAAGUUCUGGUUUAUCCAGUGGACGGCAGUCAUUGGGUCAACAUGAAGGUGCUGAUCGAGGAGCUGCACUCCAGGGGUCAUAACAUCACUGUGAUCCGACCCAGUUCCAGCUGGUACAUCACAGAACGCUCCCCUCUAUAUACGUCUAUCACAGUCCCUGAUGGAAUUGACAGUUUGGGUGACUUUAUUGAGGAGUACUUUAAUAAGAUGUUAGAAAUCCAGAGAGGGAAAGCGUCCACUCUGGCAUUUUUAAAGGUUCAAAUGAAUUUUUUCUCCAUGGUCUCAAAUGCACAUUUAAUUGCAUGUAAUACAGUGAGCAAUAUCAUUGAGGAUAAGGAGCUGGUUAAGAGGCUUCAAGAUGAACAAUAUGACCUUGUUCUGACUGAUCCAGCCAUCACAACUGGCGUUGUCUUGGCCCAUUACUUGAAGUUACCUCUGGUACUGAAUGUGCGUUGGAUCAUCAGCAGUGAGGGUCACUUUGUCAUUGCACCUUCGCCACUGUCCUACAUCCCUGCACCAGGCGCUGGCCUCUCAGACCAAAUGACUUUCUUUCAAAGAGUUAAGAACAGCCUUUUCUAUGCAAUUGUUCUUUUCCAAGAUAGAUUUGUGGUGGGGCCACAUUACAAAGCUCUAUGUGAUAAAUACUUUGACGAGGACUGUGACAUUGUAAGCCUUCUCCAGGAGGCUGAUAUUUGGCUCAUGAGGCUUGACUUCGUGUUCGACUUCCCCAGACCCACCAUGCCGAAUGUUGUUUAUAUGGGUGGAUUCCAGUGCAAGCCCGCAAAGCCCCUCCCUGAAGACUUGGAGGCUUUUGUGCAGAGUUCAGGAGAACAUGGCUUCAUCAUCAUGUCUUUGGGAACAAUGAUAAAUAGUCUCCCAGCUGAAACAGCUGGAGACAUUGCUGCCGUGUUUGCAAAACUACCUCAAAAAGUCAUCUGGAGGUAUCUGGGACCAAAGCCUUCCACUCUGGGAAACAACACUCUGCUGGUGAACUGGAUGCCACAGAAUGACCUCCUGGGACACUCCAAGAUCAAGGCAUUUGUAGCCCAUGGAGGAACCAAUGGAGUCCAGGAGGCCAUCUACCACGGAGUACCUGUGCUCGGCAUCCCUUUGUUUUUCGAUCAGUUUGAUAACCUCGUCCGGAUUCAAACAAAAGGAGCUGCAAAAGUUCUCAAGUUGUCUCAACUGAAUGGCCAAACUUUUGAACAGAUGCUACUGGAAGUUCUCAAUGAUGACUCUUAUAGGACCAACAUGCAGCGACUCUCCAGUCUACACAGAGACCAGCCUAUGAAACCUCUAGACUCAGCUGUCUUCUGGAUUGAGUAUGUUAUGAGGAAUAAAGGAGCCCCUCACCUGCGCACAAAGGCCUAUAGGAUGCCUUGGUACUCCUACCAUUCAGUGGACGUGAUUCUGUUUCUGCUUAGUAUAGCAGCAGUGCUGACAUUCACCACAGUAGUAUUCAUCAGAUGUGUCUGUCGUCGAGCGUGUGGUAAAAGAAAAAUGAAAAAUGAGUGAAAAGGGGAACUACCAGUAAUGUUCUGCACUCAAAUUAAGCACAAUCCUGGAGAACCGCAGGACAAAACUGAUUUUUUCUGUAGAAAAUAAAUUAUACUAUGUUAAUCCUUUUUUAAAAAUUACUAAAUUUUCAUUUGAUAUGAUGCAAUUUGACCUUUACUAACAUUUUGAAUUUUUUUUUUUUUAACAUCUACUCUCACCUAAAAUCAGAAAUGAAUAAUCAGUCAGGAUUACCUAAAGAAAUACAAUGUCCACUGCAGCUGUACAGUUUUACUGUCGUGUCAUAUAUUCCGCAAUCACCUUCAGUAAAUAGUAAUAAAAUGUCUAUUACAUUAAAGGUUGUACCUCCAUU